AUGAUGGACGAGCUCCUAACGCCCUCUCCCGCUAAAAAACGCAAAUCGAUCACAUCAGCCGGUGCUACACCCGCGAAGCAAGUCAAAUCCAAGAAACUCCAGGGAUCGGACGUCGGAAACCAAGGAACACAAUCAAAGAAAUCUUCCGCUACACGCGAUUCUUCCACGUCUGUCGCGAUAUCCGCGAAGCCAAAACCGACGCAAUUCAAAGCGAGACCGACGCAAGAGAAUGCUGUUGCUGGGCCCUCAACCCCCCGAAAACCCACAGCAGCUUCACAGGCACCCACCCGACUUUCAGCGCGUGUUUCCCGUCCAACUUUCAAGAAAGCCGCUGUGCAGCGCAGACGUUAUACCGAUUCUGAGUCUGACUCCGACUCUGAUAAAACACCACCUCCGUCCAUUCUGCCGCGCUACUAUGCUGCAAAGAAGCGAAAACUUGCAGACGCCAAGGGACCGACUCAUAAAGGCAAAGGAACGUCAACGAAGCACUCAGUGUACUUAGGUGCUAUCGAACUAUCUUCCGGUUCUGAAGGGGACACUCGGCCACAGCCCCCGAGAAAACGCGCAAAAUCAAGGCACGACUUCAGCAAGGCGACUGGAGUGAUUGACCUAUGUUCCGAUGAGGAACCUACUUCAUCUCCCACGAAGACAAAGGUUGUGAUUGAGAGUGAUGUUAUCGUCAUACUGUCGAGCAGUGACGAAGCAGAGCCUGUGAAAUCUACAACUCAACCUCGGUUCUCGCCUGUUUUACCAGCUACUGACCAGUUUCCCCCCCCUAUAUCGACAACCCAACAAACAACGGUCCGCGCGACAACACCCCCUGUUUCCCCUCCUACCGCAAGUCCUGAGGUAUCACCAGAGCCCAACAGGACCGUCGAUACCCAAGAGUUAGACCCUGCAAUGGACGAAAUUGAGUCUCUACCCCGGCAGCCUGAAUCUGCAAUUCCAUUCGUCUCGCCAUUUACCUCUGCAACAGUCGAACGCUCACCUCGUCAAAUCAAAUAUGCUGACCACUUACCGACACCCGCAUUGCACACCUCUAUAUUUUUCUCCAAAGCUGCAAAAUCUCUUGAACUUUUUGCUCGUCGCAAGUCGUCUAAAAAGGUUGUUAUUUCUCAGCCCACCUCCAGCACCCCCCUUCCCUCUCGUUCACCGGAAGAGGCCCAUCGUGUCUCGUCUAGCACAUUGUCAGAUAACGACCGUGAUCAAGACUCUGGAGAAGAUUCCAGAGAAGAGACGGGCAUGACAAUCUCUGACAGUAUGGACACCGACGAGGUUUCAAUUUCUUCAGGACCUGCUACAGUUCCUGAUGAACUUUCAGAAGUACAGGUUCAAUCACAACCUGAGCGCCAUGAUACUAUGCAAAUUGAAGUCACGCAUUCGUUGGAGUUGGAGCAAUCAGAUGUCUCUCAAGCUGAAGAAACAAAGAUGCCCCAGCUUCAAAAUCCAGUACCUAUCUCUUCGGGACCAGUACAAUCAGAGUCCCCAGCAAAAGUCAGCUCCGACGCACGCCAACAAAAUAAGGAAGCACCACAUGGGCAAACAAUAGAACCCGAUGGCCUCGUUCAAAAGGCCGUCCUUUCCUCUCGGAAGCUUGUUGAGCUCUUGCUCUCUGAGCGAGCUUCCAAGGCAUUUGCGUCGCCGGUAUCUCCCAACCUGCCCGUUGCUCAACUUGUUGCUCCUGUUGUAACCGUACACCCAAGCAACCCCGUGGCUUCAAGCAGCGUCGUGUCCGAAACAGAAGUUGUGGAUGCUGCUCAGGCACCCGAUGUUCAAGUAAACAAAUCAGAUGCCCCCGACGCUCUUGAACCUAACGCUAUUUCCUUGGGGGUCAAUCCAGCGAAGUCGGACGAUUCUCUCGCUGUUGGUCCUGGGUCCAAUGCCGAGGAAUUGAAUCUGAAUGUCGAACCCACGGCAUUUGAACCAUCGUCGGCCGCAGCUACAACUGGCGUGGGUGCUACCUUCGAGCUAGGCAUGCCAACGGCAUCUGGCGAGCCUCUAAUUUCUAGUAGUCUCUUUCUACCCAUGCAGGAGUUGCCUCAGGUGGCUGGAGAUCACAUGUCCGUCGAUGUAGCAGCACCACCUCUGGAUAACUCCACUGCAGAGCUCAUCGACGGGCCACUGCAGGGCGGAACCCCUCAACAACUGUUUUCUGGUACACAUCUUGACACCCUAGAACCAAGAACCACCCCUCCCAUACCGCGAGGAUCCACAGUCAGCAGUACAACGACGGAAGAAUCGCCCGCCCCUGACACUCCCCCGCAGAAAACGAUUGGCCCAAAUCACAUUCGGGCCUUUGACAUAACUAUGCUUGAUCUAUCCGAGAUGAGUUUACCACUGUUGUUGGAGAGUUCGAAGGACGUCGAUGACGACGCGAUAUCGGUUUCUGGUCUCGAGCUCUCUUAUCCAGAGGAGGUUUUCUGA